CUGUAGAGUAGAGUAGAGGAGCCAUGGCGGGUUUGGCUCCCGCUCCAACGCUUCUCCUCCUCCGCCCCCUCCCCUUCUCUCCAGCCUCCACCCCAUCCUCUCGCCGACGCCGACGCCACCGCCACCGCCUGCGUCUGCUAUCCGCCGUUGCCGCGGCCGACGGUGAUGCCCCCUCCCCCUCCCCCGCACCCGUCUCCGCCAAGGCGGAGCCCCAUUCCUCCUCCGCGCUCACCUUCCAGCAGGCCAUCCAGCGCCUCCAGGACUACUGGGCCUCUGUGGGAUGCGCUGUCAUGCAGUGCAGCAACACCGAGGUCGGAGCAGGGACCAUGAACCCCUUGACAUUCCUCAGGGUUCUAGGCCCUGAGCCAUGGAACGUCGCCUAUGUGGAGCCAAGCAUAAGACCCGACGACAGCCGCUAUGGGGACAAUCCUAAUAGGCUUCAGCGCCAUACUCAGUUUCAGGUAAUUUUGAAGCCUGACCCUGGAAAUUCACAAGACCUCUUUCUGCACAGCCUUUCAGCAUUAGGUAUCAAUGUACAUGAACAUGACAUCCGUUUUGUUGAAGACAACUGGGAGAGUCCAGUUCUUGGUGCGUGGGGAUUAGGCUGGGAGGUUUGGAUGGAUGGAAUGGAAAUCACGCAAUUCACAUAUUUUCAGCAGUCAGGAAGUCUUCCGUUGCUGCCUGUUUCCGUUGAGAUAACAUAUGGACUUGAACGCAUCCUCAUGUCUCUUCAGGGUGUAGAUCAUUUCAAGAAUAUACAAUACACUAAAGGAAUUACGUAUGGAGAACUAUUCCUUGAGAACGAGAAAGAGAUGAGUGCAUAUUAUUUGGAGCACGCAACUGUUGAUAACAUUCAAAAGCAUUUUGAUGAUUUUGAAGAAGAGGCUUGUUCUUUAUUAUCACUUGGGCUGCCUAUUCCUGCGUAUGAUCAUGUUCUGAAGGCCUCUCAUGCUUUUAAUAUUUUAGAUUCUAGAGGCUUUGUUGGUGUAACCGAGCGUGCAAGAUAUUUUGGUCGCAUGCGGAGUCUUGCUCGCCAGUGUGCUCAGCUUUGGGUGGAAACAAGAGAAAACCUUGGUCAUCCAUUGGGCACUUAUCAAGAGUCUAAUCUUAUCUAUCCUCAUGUCUCUGAAAAGCCUAGAAGAAAGGGUGUUAUUGGACAGCCACGGGCAUUUGUUCUUGAAAUAGGAACAGAAGAAUUGCCACCUCAUGAUGUGAUAGAAGCAGCUGAACAACUGGAAAAAUCGCUAAUUCAAAUAUUGGAGAAACGCAGACUGAGCCAUGGGAAAGUACGCUCUUAUGGGACACCAAGGAGAUUAGCGGUGGUUGUUGAAAAUCUUAAUAUGAAGCAAAUGGAGGAAGAGAUUGAACUACGUGGUCCACCUGUUGCAAAGGCAUUUGAUCAAGAAGGAAAGCCCACUAAGGCUGCUGAAGGAUUUUGUCGAAAGAAUAAUGUUCCCAUAGAUAGUCUAUAUAAAAGAAUUGAUGGUAAAACAGAAUAUAUCUAUGCUCGGGUCAAAGAGUCUGCACGUUUUGCUGAUGAGGUCUUAACUGAAGAUCUUCCAACUAUUAUAUCUGGUAUUUCAUUUCCCAAGUCUAUGCGCUGGAAUUCCAAUAUUGUGUUUAGCCGGCCAAUACGCUGGAUCUUCGCCCUUCAUGGGGAUCUCAUUGUGCCAUUUUGUUUUGCUGGCAUAUCAAGUGGGAACCAGUCGUGCGGCCUUCGUAACUCCUCCUUCGCUAACUUUGAGGUGGAAACUGCAGAAUUAUAUUUACACACCAUGGAAAAAGCUGGGAUCGUGAUUGAUAUGCAGGAGCGCAAACGACAAAUCUUGCAUGACUCUAGUAUAUUGGCUGAGGGUGUUGGUGGUGAUAUCAUUGCACCUGAGAGCCUGGUACAGGAGGUUAUGAAUCUUGUGGAGGUGCCGAUGCCCAUUAUUGGUCGAUACGACGUUUCCUUCUUAGAACUUCCAAAGGAUGUAUUAAUAACGGUUAUGCAGAAGCACCAGAAGUAUUUCCCUGUAACCUCCAAGUCCAUGGGCAAUCUACUACCAUAUUUUAUUACUGUUGCCAAUGGUGCCAUUAAGGAAGAAGUGGUCCGCAAAGGGAAUGAAGCUGUACUCAGGGCACGUUACGAGGAUGCUAAAUUCUUUUAUAAGAUGGAUACGCAAAAGAAACUAUCUGAAUUCCGAGGCCAGCUCAGCAGCAUUCUCUUUCAUGAAAGGCUUGGUACAAUGCUUGACAAAAUGAAACGUGUUGAGAACACUGUUGCAGAAGUGGCCCUUGUUCUUGGAAUAAAUGAGAAAAUGAUCCCAGUUAUCAAAGAUGCAGCUGCCUUGGCUAUGUCAGAUCUUGCCACUAAUAUUGUUACAGAAUUUACUUCACUUGCUGGAAUUAUGGCACGACAUUAUGCUUUGAGAGAUGGCCUUUCAGAACAGAUUGCAGAAGCCCUAUUUGAGAUAACGCUUCCAAGGUUCUCUGGUGAUAUGUUCCCAAAAACAGAUCCUGGCAUAGUCCUUUCGGUUGCUGAUAGAUUGGAUAGUCUAGUGGGUCUGUUUGGAGCUGGAUGCCAACCAAGUUCUACAAACGAUCCAUUUGGGCUGAGGAGAAUUUCCUAUGGAUUGGUUCAAAUAUUGGUUGAGAACAAGAAGAACUUUGACCUCACGAAGGCCUUGACCUUAGUGGCAGAGGAGCAGUCAAUAACAAUAGAUAAUGGUGUUAUAGAUGAGGUAGUACAAUUUGUCACACGGAGAUUGGAGCAACUUUUGGUGGAUGAGGGAAUUAAUUGCGAGAUAGUCCGUUCAGUGCUUAUGGAGCGUGCAAACUGCCCUUAUCUAGCAUCACAAACAGCAAUUGAAAUGGAAGCAUUUGCAAAAACUGAAGAUUUCCCAAAAAUUGUUGAAGCGUACUCAAGGCCCACAAGAAUAAUACGUGGAAAAGAAAUUGGGUCUGUUUUAGAGGUUGAUGCAAGUGUAUUUGAAAAAGAUGAAGAGCGAGCUUUGUGGAGUGUCUACUUGGAGGUUGCCGAUAAGAUUCAUCCUGGUGUUGACAUAAAAACCUUUGCGGACGCAUCUCUGGAACUGCUGCAACCCCUAGAAGAUUUCUUUACAAACGUUUUUGUCAUGGCGGAUGAUGAGAAAGUUCGUAACAAUCGGCUGGCGCUUUUAACAAAAGUGGCGGGUCUGACCAAGGGAAUAGCUGACCUGUCAGUUUUACCAGGAUUUUGAUUUAGCCACUUUUGUUGCUCUACUAGUUUUUAUCUGUACCAUAUAUGAUUGUACAUUCUUAUCGACCAAGUGCAAUUUUGCUGCCAAGAAAAGAGAGCGAUCCCUACAUAUACAGUAGCUUAGCAUAAAUGGUCCUCAGCUUUGUUAUCCAUUGCUAGGCUAGACACGAAAAGCCUAAUGGACGAACACCUGCGUGCCCACCAGGUCACGUAAAUAUUUCAUACUACUCUGUCCCAAAAAAAAAAAGAGAACUUCUGUGUUGUGUUUUCCGG